GUAAAAAAUACCACAACACAAUAUGGAUAAUGUUGUUACAUUAUUGUUAAAGUUAAAGCUGAGAAGCUUGUAUAGUAUAAUGUUGUUACUUUAUUAUGUGUUGUGCUUAAGGGGUGUUAUUGUGUCCUCUAGACCUCAUGAGAAUGAGAGAAAAGUAACAACGAUUAUGAAUAACAAUAAUAAUAAUAAUGGUGAUGUUGUGAGAGGCUUACCUGGCCAGCCUGCUGUGGAUUUUGAGCACUAUGCUGGCUAUGUUACUGUGAAUGAAACCAAUGGAAGAGCACUCUUUUACUGGUUCUUUGAGGCCAUUACCAACCCAGAUGAUAAGCCUUUGGUCCUAUGGCUUAAUGGAGGACCUGGAUGUUCUUCUGUGGGAUAUGGAGCAACACAAGAGAUUGGUCCAUUUUUAGUGGACUCUGAUGGGAAGGGACUCAAAUUUAAUAACUUGUCUUGGAACCAAGAAGCCAACAUGUUAUUCCUGGAAUCUCCUGUUGGAGUUGGCUUUUCCUACUCAAACACAACUAGUGAUUAUCAACAAUUGGGUGAUCAAAUGACAGCUAAUGAUGCUUACACUUUUCUCCAUAACUGGUUUCUCAAGUUCCCAUCAUAUAGAACAAGGACUUUUUAUAUAGCAGGGGAGAGUUAUGCAGGCAAGUAUGUGCCGGAGCUGGCUGAACUCAUCCAUGAUAGGAACAAGGACCCUUCCCUUCAUAUUAAUCUCAAGGGCAUUAUGUUAGGAAAUCCAGAAACAUCUGAUGCUGAGGAUUGGAUAGGGCUAGUAGACUAUGCUUGGAGUCAUGCAAUCAUAUCGGACGAGACUCACAAAACAAUAAAAACAAGUUGUGACUUCAACAGCAGUGAUCCAUGGCGUAACCAAGAUUGCAGUGAAGCAGUAGAUGAAGUCCUCAAACAAUACAGAGAAAUUGAUAUAUACAGCCUCUACACCUCUACUUGCUUUGCCUCUACAGCGCGCUCUUCCAUGGCGCGCUCAUCAUCAUCUACAACAAUGGUUUUCCCUAGAAUGAUGGGUGGUUAUGACCCAUGCUUGGAUGACUAUGCUAGAGCUUAUUAUAAUAGACCAGAUGUUCAGAAGGCCCUACAUGCUGGUGAUGGCCACAAUCUCAAGAAUUGGAGUAUUUGCAACAAUGAUAUAUUCAAUGGAUGGGGAGAUUCAAAGGCAAGUGUAGUGCCAAUAUACAGGAAGCUAAUAGCAGGAGGAGGACUUAGGAUAUGGAUUUACAGCGGAGACACAGAUGGAAGAGUGCCAGUGCUGUCAACAAGGUAUAGCUUAAGUUCUCUUGAAUUGAGAGUGAGAAAGGCAUGGAGGCCAUGGUACCAUGAGAAUGAGGUGAGUGGGUGGGUAGAAGAAUAUGAAGGGCUAACAUUUGCUACUUUCAGAGGAGCUGGCCACGCUGUUCCAUGUUUCAAACCAAGUAGCUCUCUCGCCUUCUUCUCUUCCUUCCUUCGUGGACAAUCCCCUCCUUCUACUAAAUAAAUCCAUUAUUAUUGUUUCAUUAUCCUUUAAUUAUUGUUUCGUUCGUGCUCUAUUAGGUGCUCACAAUAAAUUCCAUCGUUAAAAAUAAGAGAAAUACUAUAUGUAAAAUUUUGGUA